ACAGAUACCCCAAAUGAAUCAUUCCAACACACAAGAACUCAACUAUAUUUCCAAAAAAUAUCUAGCAAAACGUUGAAAAUGCAAGCAAAAGCAUUUUUAUUUAUAUCUCUCUACGCCACCGUCACGCUAUUUGGUAAUUCCCUGGGGUCAAGUGGGGUCCCCCAAUAUCUCCUUCAAUACGUUGGUGACGAGAAUUGCACAACAGGAAACCAUUCAGUAAACGUUACCGAAUUCGAACACGACUUGAUUGCACCGGGCGACGACGAAGCCGUUUAUUUCCAAGUGAUGGGAUUUUGGAGGAUUACCCAAUAUAAUGAACUCGGUCAUCACGCCAACCUCUACCUGGACGGAAUUGGGGAUGAAUGUCAGCAUAUGUGGAUAAUUUACAAUUACCGAUGGACCGCAACUCGACUCGGUGAUCCAUUCCAGAUCGAGAAGGAAAUUCAACUCUACGGCGGUUCAUAUUUUCAUGGCGUGCCAUACAAAGUCAAGGGAUCGAUGCCGUCAAUAAUUCCACCGGUGAACGUUGGAUCCUUUUUCUUCAGCGGCAAUUACUCUUGGGGAUUGUUUUCAGGGCCGAAUUACACAGGUGACACGGUAUGCUUCAUGCCAAUGAUACAAGGGAGGGAUUGGGGAAUUACGACAUUUCCACUGUUUGCUAACGAUUUUCCUCUAAGAAGCUUGAAGGAGGGGUGUCAUCCUUAAGAAAAUGUGUGUCCAUAUUUGAAGUUUUUGAGGAAAUAAAUAAAUGUCUUAAAAAUUUUAUAUUUGUA